UCCCUGUGUGUGUGUUUCUUCUUCAGAGUGCCGCUCAAAGUGGAGCAGGCCAACAACGCUCGGGACGCCCUGGCUAAGGCCGUCUACAGCCGCCUGUUCGACCACGUGGUGACCCGGGUCAACCAGUGCUUCCCCUUCGACUCCUCCGCUAACUUCAUCGGCGUCCUGGACAUCGCUGGCUUUGAGUACUUUGAACACAACAGCUUCGAGCAGUUCUGCAUCAACUACUGUAACGAGAAGCUGCAGCAGUUCUUCAACGAGCGGAUCCUGAAAGAGGAACAAGAGCUGUACCAGAAGGAGGGGCUCGGGGUCAACGAGGUUCACUACGUGGACAAUCAGGACUGCAUCGACCUGGUGGAGGCCAAGCUGGUCGGCAUCCUGGACAUACUGGACGAAGAGAACCGACUACCUCAACCCAGCGACCAGCACUUUACCGACACGGUUCACAACAAGCACAAGGACCACUUCCGCCUCACCGUACCCAGGAAGUCUAAGCUGGCAGUCCACAGGAACGUGAGGGAUGAUGAAGGAUUUAUCGUCAGACACUUUGCAGGAGCCGUGUGCUACGAGACGACCAAGUUUGUGGAGAAGAACAACGACGCCCUGCACAUGUCUCUGGAGUGUCUGGUCAGCGAGUCCAAAGACCGCUUCAUCCGCGAGCUCUUCGAAAACUCCAACAACAGCAAAGACAUGAAGCAGAAGGCGGGAAAGCUGGGCUUCAUCAGCGUCGGCAACAAGUUCAAGACUCAGCUGAACAUCCUCCUGGAGAAGCUGCGCAGCACGGGCUCCAGCUUCAUCCGCUGCAUCAAACCCAACCUGAAGAUGAUCAGCCACCAGUUUGAAGGGGCUCAGAUUCUCUCCCAGCUGCAGUGCUCCGGUAUGGUGUCCGUGCUGGACCUGAUGCAGGGCGGCUUCCCCUCCAGAGCUCCCUUCCACGAGCUCUACAACAUGUACCAACAGUACAUGCCGCCCAAACUCUGCCGCCUCGACCCGCGUCUCUUCUGCAAGGCUUUGUUCAAAGCUCUGGGACUGAACGAGAACGACUACAAGUUCGGCCUCACCAGAGUGUUUUUCCGACCGGGGAAG